GAGCUUCUAUGACUAACUUUGGUUACUUUUGCCCUUGCUGUGUCCGCGAAUUUCCGGGAUUUUGGUGCCUUUUGCCUGCUUGCCACAUCUCCCUAGUGCGUGUUGAAGCAGUGAAACUCUUUGUGGGCGACGCUAGCCCAAAUUUUGCAUUUCACUGCUAGCAACCAAGGUCCGACACAUGGCGCCUGGCAUACUGCUCGCCAGUGCGUCUGAGCAAGACUUCGAUCAGCGCCCUUCAAAAAGAAUUAGAAGCUCAUUCUCUCCACAAGCUGGGGAGUGCCAGAGCGAUGAUGACAACAUACCAACCCAUCCGCUUGAGAUCAAACCUAGCGGAAACGCAUACAGCUCCCACGUCAAUUCGAAACACAACGCCGGUGUAUUUGCUGCGCUGCCUGAUGAAUUGACUCUACAGCUACUUGAAACCCUACCAGCCACAGGGCUUGUGGCUCUAGGCUCGUCGUGUCGCUUCCUCUAUGCUUUCACCCAGUACGACGAAUUAUGGAGAGCCUUAUUUGUAGCAUCGCAGCCAGCCGACUUCGAGUGGCUAGGAACGUGGAGAGCCACGUACUUGAAAUUACCGCCAAACACAUGGAGUAAAAUUCCUUGUCCGAAUGUGUAUUCAGAUGUGCUUCACCGGCCAUUCUUCUGCACGCAUACGUCUCUUAAGAAGUAUGCACAAAAUAUACCGCGCCAAAAUUUGAUUGCACGGCUGGACGAUCUGAGUUUCGAGGAAUAUUCUGCAAAAUGGACCAAUCAACCAUUCAUUCUUACCAAUCCUGUGAAACAAUGGCCAGCAGCCCAGAAAUGGAACAUCGACUAUCUGCUGAAGCAUUAUGCCGAGACACUUUUCAGAGCUGAAGCCGUAGACUGGCCCUUCAAAAAAUAUGUUUCAUACAUGAAUAACUCUCAAGAUGAAAGUCCGCUGUAUUUGUUCGAUCGAGAGUUUGUGGAGAAGAUGAAUAUCGAGGUUGGCAAGGAGUCCGAAAACGCCAUGUACUGGCCCCCAGAAUGUUUUGGCGAAGAUCUGUUCGAUGUUCUUGGUGACCAAAGACCUGAUCGCCGUUGGCUCAUCAUCGGUCCCGAGAGGAGUGGCAGCACGUUCCACAAGGACCCAAAUGCUACAUCAGCUUGGAAUGCGCCGUUGACUGGCUCCAAAUACUGGCUUAUGUUUCCUUCUGGCCCAGAUGUUCCACCUCCCCCCGGCGUCAUUCUCUCAGAGGAUCAAUCAGAGAUUACCUCUCCUCUGUCCAUUGCGGAAUACCUUUUAUCAUUCCACGAAAUUGCACGAGCCACGCCAGGCUGUCGCGAAGGUAUAUGCUACGCUGGUGAGAUAUUGCAUGUGCCAUCGGGUUGGUUCCAUCUGGUACUCAAUCUUGAGGAGAGCAUUGCGCUUACACAAAACUUCGUACCUGCUGCCCGGUUGACACAAGUUCUGCGCUUCUUAAGAGAUACGCCUGAUCAUGUGAGUGGCUUCCGGGAUGAAGUCACAGAUCCAUAUGGGUUAUUCGUAAGCAAACUCCAGGAGAAGUAUCCGGAUUUGCUUGAAAAGGCGCUCAAACAGCUUGAUGGUAAAAAGGGCAAAUGGGAACAGGUCAAGGAAGUUAAACAAGAAAGCGCUGAAGGAGGAGGGUUCAGCUUUGGCUUUGAUAGUGAUGAUGAGGAGGAUUAAAAUCCGUCCUAGGCAAGAUUCGACAAAGGAUUGUGGCUAGGGUCAAGCUCUUGCCCUUAAGAGUCUGAAAAAAUAUUUAAAGAUCAAUGACUGCCACGCCUACACAGCACCAACACCGCCAUGCGCCUUCACAUUGUACGCCUUACUUCCAAAAUGCAUCUAACCAAAAUGCAUUAUUUAAUUCAAUAGUUCAAAUGUGU